AUGGCGACCUUUUCAAAUCCAGGAAAGAAAGUCAUCAAGCCUUCCUACCUCGCCCACAUCGUCCUCAAAACCCAGCCCGCGCAAUUCGAAAAAAUGGUCAGCUACUACAAAACCUUCCUCUCAGCAGACGCUCGCUAUGAAGCCGGCCCUCUUGCCUUCCUCUCAUACGACGACGAGCACCACCGAAUCGCCAUCAUCGCAAUGCCCGAUAUCAAGCCCCGUGAUCCAAAAGCAGCUGGGCUUCUCCACUUCGCAUUCACGUUCAACUCACUGCACGACUUGGCGCUUGCAUAUAAACAGCGUCAAGCGAAUGGUAUCGAACCGUAUUGGUGUGUGAAUCAUGGCCCGACGACGAGCAUGUAUUAUCAUGAUCCUGAUGGGAAUGAUAUCGAGACUGAGGUUGAGAAUUUUGCGACCCUGGAUGAGGCGGAUAGGUUCAUGAGGAGUAAAGAAUUUGCGGAGAAUCCGAUUGGUGCUGAUUUUGAUCCGGAGGAAUUUGUGAAGAGGUUGGAGGAUGGUGAGGAUGAAGCGAUUAUUAAGAAGAGAGUGGAUGUUGGGCCGAGGGGUGUUCCUGACCUUUGA